ACUUCCACAGUAUGACGUAUACAAUGCUAAUUACACAAGUCAUGGCUCAACGCGGUACCUUCUUCGAAGCUGUGUCCGGCUUCAUAAGAGACACCGAGAGGGUCCUCAACGGGGAACCACCGGACACAGAAGAGAUACAACCGGAGUAUGACUUCAUAAUCAUCGGAGCAGGUACAGCUGGAUGCGUGCUUGCUAACAGACUGACAGAAGUAGACAAUUUUAAGGUGCUCCUGAUAGAAGCAGGUGGUAGUGAACAAAUGUUCAUGGACAUCCCGGUACUAACCACUAUGCUGCAGUUCACGGAUGCCAACUGGAACUACCGUACCGAACCACAAGAGUCCGGUUGCAUUGGAAUGCGGGAGGGUCGCUGCGCAUGGCCUAGGGGCCGAGUCGUUGGUGGUUCAUCUGUCUUGCAUUCGAUGAUGCACACACGAGGAAACAGGCGUGACUACGACAGAUGGGCUGGGAAUGGCAAUCCAGGGUGGGAUUACAAAUCUGUGCUGCGAUACUUCAAGAAAUCAGAAAACAUGCAAAUACCAAAACUAGCUAAGAACACAAACUUUCAUUCUACUGAAGGGGAAAUGACACUUCAGUAUCCAAAUUGGCGAACUCCUCUUUCAAAAGCAUUUUUAAAAGCUGGACUCGAGACUGGAGGAAAGAUUGUGGAUUAUAACGCAGAAAAACAAAUAGGAUACUCAAUUAUACAGUUUACUAUGGAUAAUGGUACAAGAAUGAGCGCAAGCCGAGCCUUUUUACAUCCUAUAAAACAUCGUAAUAACCUUCAUAUAGCUAAAAACGCAAUGGUUACUCGCGUUUUAAUAGACCCUUGGACAAAAAGAGCAUAUGGUGUUAAAUUUAAUAAAGAUGGCAGAAAAUAUGUCAUUUUAUCUCGACUUGAAGUAAUAUUGUCUGCUGGUGCAAUUAAUUCUCCACAAAUAUUGAUGAUUAGCGGUAUUGGACCAAAAGAGCACUUAACAGAAAAUAAUAUUACAACCAUUAUGGAUCUACCUGUCGGCUACAAUUUGCAAGAUCAUUGGGCACUUGGUGGACUCACAUUUACUAUUAAUAGUACUGAUUCUAUUAGGUCUGAACGAGUUGCUACUCUGGAUAAUAUAAUUGAGUACUUCAGCCACCAUACAGGACCAUUAUCGGCUCCAAGUGGCACGGAGGCAAUAGCCUUCUUCGAUACCAAAAAUCCGCAUAGUGACGAUGGUUAUCCAGAUUUAGAAUUACUUUUUGUCGCAGGGUCGUUAGUUUCACAACCUACUUACAAGGAAGCAUUUUCUAUUGACAAUGAUGUGUAUGAAAAAGUUUAUGGUCCAAUAAAAAAUAAAGAUACGUGGAUGGUUUUUCCAAUGCUUUUAUUACCGGAAUCUAAAGGACGCAUUAAAUUAAGAAACAAAAAUCCUUAUCAAAAACCAUUGAUAUAUCCAAAUUAUUUUUCUGAUGGAGGACAUGAUCAGAAGGUAAUACUGACUGGAAUUAGAAAAGCAAUAGAACUGUCGAAAACGAAAGCUUUUCAAAAAUACAACAGUCGAUUACAUGACGUCCCAUUACCAAAUUGUGCACGUCAUGGGUUCAAUUCAGAUGAAUAUUGGUAUUGUGCAAUGAAAACCAUUACUAAUACUAUUUAUCACCAUUGUUGUACAAAUAAAAUGGGACCUGAAGAUGACGCAGGCGCAGUAGUAGAUUCUAGACUAAGAGUAUAUGGCGUUAAAGGACUCCGAGUAGUUGAUGCCAGUAUCAUGCCCCAUGUUCCUGCAGCUCACACAAAUGCACCAACAAUGAUGAUAGCUGAAAAAGCAGCUGAUAUCAUUAAAGAAGAUUGGGGGAUUCCCAUAGAUUAACAGCAUAUUAGACGAUAUUUCCUUUUCCCAGUAUGAUGAAAUUCAGCAAUUUACUGAACCAAAUUUUCAUUCAUCAAAGAAAACAUAUAUGUACACACUAUUUUAUUUAUUUUUACUUAUAUCGAUUUUUUAGCCACACCAUUUCGAGGAUAUUCUCAGAAGAUGCUAUUAAAGUUUCAUCACAAUUUGAUUAUGAACCACUCAUCAGAUUAGAAUGCAUGGAAUAUAAACAUUCCAAAAUUUACCAUCAUUUAUACACAUUAAAUAUGUGUUGACACUAAUUUUUUAUUGGAAUUAAAAAAUGAAAAACAACAUAACUCAAUAGUGAAGAUUAUGCACAAUUAUUGCCGUUGUACCUAUAUAGUUUUCCCAACGAUGCAAAUAGUCUGUUGUUUCAGCAAUUAAUAGACAGUUAUUGAUUUUUUAAUAUAUAAUUAUAUUUUUUUUAAUACUGUACAAUUUAUUUCGCUUUGUCACGAAAGGUCAGACGAUAGAAUAUAAUUCCGCUUGAAUAAAUAACUGCAUUUGGAUUUAGUUUUAAAAUGACGAAAUUGUAAAGUGAAAAGUUGUCUCAAUUUGUAUGCUAGUAUUGUUAUCGAAUAGGAUACACCACUGCAUGACCUUCAAUUAUACGUAAUAAUUAAUAAUAAAUAAUAAAUAAUUUAAUUGUAUACUAAAAUUGAAUGUUAUAAUUUA